ACUGAUAUUUUUCUCAUUCCUUGUUUCUUUCUGAUUUCUUCAUUCAUCAGCUUUUUUAAAACUGAAUAUGAAUGGCGAGGCAAACUUGGAGACUGGUGUACAUGUGGAGGAGGAAGAAGUUGGCCAGAGAGUAGUGUACAUGUGGGGUUACUUACCCGGAGCUUCGCCGCAACGGUCUCCUCUAAUGUCACCGGUCGAAGUGAAGAUUCCUCCGGCAGUUGAAAGUUCAUGGAAAGAUGUCUCCGGUGGUGGAUGCGGUUUCGCAAUGGCUACUGCAGAGUCGGGGAAGCUAAUUACAUGGGGUUCGACAGAUGAUCUAGGUCAAAGCUAUGUCACAUCCGGCAAGCACGGUGAGACUCCACAGCCAUUUCCUCUUCCUCCAGAGGUUUGUGUACAGAAAGCUGAGGCUGGAUGGGCUCAUUGUGUGGCAGUAACAGAGAAUCAAGAAGUUUAUACAUGGGGAUGGAGGGAAUGUAUACCCACAGGGAGAGUGUUUGGACAAGUAGAGGGAGAUUCGUAUGAAAGAAACAUUUCCUUCUCGACAGAGCAAGUGAGUCCCAGUUCUCAAGGGAAAAAAUCUAGCUGUGGAACGUCUUCUCAAGUUGAAGCUAGAGGUGAACCAACAAAGAAAAGGCGGAUUUCACCGUCAAAGCAAGCUGCUGAAAAUGGAUCACAGUCUGACAACAUUGACCUCUCGGCAUUGCCUUGCCUUGUAUCGUUGGCGCCUGGAGUUAGGAUUGUUAGUGUUGCUGCUGGUGGACGUCAUACUCUAGCAUUAUCAGAUAUUGGACAGGUGUGGGGUUGGGGUUAUGGAGGAGAAGGACAGCUUGGAUUGGGCUCCCGUGUGCGCCUAGUCUCCUCUCCUCAUCCUAUUCCAUGCAUUGAGCCUUCUUCUUAUGGAAAAGCCACCAGUUCUGGUGUAAACAUGAGUUCAGAAGUGCAAUGCGGCCGAGUUCUUGGAAGUUAUGUAAAAAGAAUUGCAUGUGGAGGGCGACACAGUGCUGUGAUUACAGAUACUGGAGCGCUCCUUACAUUUGGUUGGGGGCUCUAUGGACAGUGUGGCCAAGGAAGUACAGAUGAUGAACUAAGUCCUACAUGUGUGUCGUCUUUGUUGGGAAUCCGAAUAGAAGAAGUGGCUGCAGGUCUAUGGCACACGAUCUGUGCUUCAUCUGAUGGGGAUGUGUAUUCGUUUGGCGGAAACCAAUUUGGACAGUUAGGUACUGGUUGUGAUCAAGCUGAGACUCUUCCAAAACUAUUGGAGGCUCCAAACUUGGAAAAUGUCAAUGUAAAAAUCAUCUCCUGCGGUGCUCGUCACACCGCUGUAAUCGCAGAUGAAGGGAAAGUAUUCUGCUGGGGAUGGAACAAAUACGGGCAGUUGGGUUUAGGAGAUGUGAUAGACAGGAAUGCUCCAGCAGAAGUCAGAAUCAAAGAUUGCGUCCCCAAAAACAUCGCAUGCGGUUGGUGGCAUACUCUACUUCUAGGCCAGUCCUCUCUCUGAACAAACAUACAUGACCACACACGGAUUUUUGUUAGGGUUUAUUAGCGCAAAAUAUCAGAUUUUUUUUUUUUUUUAUAGUUUAAUAUAAACGUAGAGAUUUUGUAGUGUACAUACACCAGCCAGAUUUUUUAUGCAAUGUAAGUCUUGAGUUAUCUAGCUUUUGUUUCUUCUGAUUAGCUUUUUAGCUUAAAAAAGGAGCCGAAUUGAAACAUUAGUUUAGUAGUUUCAAGUGAAGUUCUUUUUGUUCUAUCAAUAAAUAAAGUUUUCUUCC